AGAACACGAACAAGUCAGUCGACUUGUGGAGGACUUUGUGGAUCACUUACAGAUUUGGAGUCUUUUUGUGGACCUGGACUUGAUUUGACGCAGAUCGCUUCAUCCUGGGGACACCACAGCAAGUAGAAGAUGAGGUCCAAAAGCAACGUGGUGGAGACCUCGGCCACCGGGGUGCUUGGGGUUUCCCAGGGCGACUGUAACAUCAGUCAUGAGCAGAAGGUUACGCUGCCUAUGAAGAACCUAAAGGUCAAAGUUCAGCCGAGUGAGGGUGAGGAAAAGGUGGAGGUGGAAGUGAUCUCUGAUAAAGAGAAGCUCCUGCUGGACUCCACCGAGCCUGGAGACAAAAUGGGGGACAUUUUGGAUCUGUCCAAAGAGAAUGUUCUGAAGCUGCUGGGGAUAAUGGAGGGAGAGGUUCAGGCCAGAGAAGAUGUUAUCUGCAUCCUGAAGUCCAAACAAUCUUUACCAGAGAUUCUAGCGUCACGUUAUGGCUCCAUGGCCCCCAGUGCCGCCCUUCAGGCUCUGCAGAGGGAUGCCAUUGUCACUGGCACCAAGCCGGGCGACCACAGUGUCUACCACCAGCCCAUGAUGGAACUGGAGCGCCUCCAGGAGAAGCACAGGGAGACGUACCGGAGGAUGUUGGGUCAGCUGCUCCUGGCGGAAAAGUGUCACCGCCGCACCGUCCACGAGCUGGACACGGAGAAAUGCAAACACGCUGACUACAUGAACAAGAGCGACGAUUUCACCAACCUCCUGGAACAAGAGAGAGAGAGGCUCAAGAGGUUGCUUGAGCAUGAGAAAGCCUACCAGGUGCGAAAGGAGAAGGAGCACGCUAAACGUCUGGCCAAGUUGCAGGAGGAGCUGGUCAAGCUGAAGUCCUUUGCCCUGAUGCUAGUGACUGACCGCCAGCAGAACCUAGAGCAGAUAGACCAGCAGAGCCAGCGUGUCCAGGAACUCAGCCAGCAGCUGCAGCAGCAGGACCAGGCGCUGGGUGAGGCCGGUGAGCGUGCCCGGGAGGACAGCCACAGGCUGCUGAGCCUGGAGUCCCAGCUGAAGGAGAAAUCAGCAGAGUUUACCCAACGGCAUGAGGAGAUGACUGCCAAGCUGGCCAGUCAGGAUCUCCACAACCGCCAGCUUAAUGCCAAGCUUUUAGGACUUGCACAGAAGGUGGACGAGCUCGAAGAGAGCAAUGGGAACUUAAGGAAGUCCGAGGAGGAGCUGCAAGAGCUGAGAGAGAAGAUCGGCAAAGGGGAGUGUGGCAACUCCAACUUAAUUUCUGAGUUAGAGGUCCUGCGGAAACAGGUUUUGGAGAUGGAAGGAAAGGAUGAAGAGAUUACGAAGACUGAAAGCCAGUGUAAGGAGCUCAGGAAGAAACUGCAAGAGGAGGAUGCAAAGAGUAAAGACCUUCGACUGGAGGUAGAGAAGCUCCAGAAGAGAAUGGUGGACUUGGAGAAACUCGAGGGUCCCUUCAGCAUCAGUAAGGAAGAGUGCACCCAGUUAAAUAUUUCUUUAGAAAGAGAGCGGGACGUGACCAAGGUGCUCUCGGAUGAAGUUGUUGCUCUGAAGAUCCGUAUGAAAGAGCUGGAGUCUUCUGAACUCAGGCUAGAAAAGUCUGAGUUGAGCCUGAAGGACGACUUGAGUAAGUUGAAGUCACUGACGGUGACUCUGAUGGAGGAACGCAGAACUUUGAUGGAAAGACUGAAGUUGGAUGAGAAGAAAAAAGAGGAUUUGAAUAAAAUGGUCAAAGCUGAACAGGGAAAAGUCAUGGAGGUGACCGAAAGAUUAAUAGAGGAAAGCAAAAAGUUCUUCAAGUUAAAAUCAGAGAUGGAAACCAAAGUAGAGACUCUGACUUUAGAAAAGGUCGAGCUCAGCAGUAAGCUGGCCUAUGAAAUUGAUAAAACUAAAGAUCUUAAUUCUACUGUUGGCCAAAUGAAGAAAAGGUUAGAAGCAUUUGAGCAAAGUGAAAAGAUGAGCGUGAAAAAUUUGAUCAAGUGCGAAAUAGGAAAAAUACCGGAAUCUGUUAAAAAAGAAGACAACAAAAUCAAAGAACUGACCUUUGAAAUUGAGCAUUUAAAAAGUCGUCUCAAACAUUUGGAAGUCUUAGAGGGAGAUCUGAUCAGAACAGAGGAUCAGUACGACCUCUUGGAAAGAAGAUUCAUAACUGAACAAGACAAGGCUAAUGUUCUUUCCCAGCAGGUGGAUGAAAUGAGGAGUCAGAUAGCACGGAACAAAGCUGUGGAGAAAGGAGAGGAGAAGAGCCAUGAAGACCUCCGACAGCAGUGCAAGAGAGAGGAGGCCAAAACCAGGGAUCUGCAGGUGGAUGUCGUGGCCCUCAAGGAGAAGAUCCAUGAACUGAUGCACAAAGAAGAUCAGCUUUCCCAGCUGCAAGUUGACUACUCUGUCCUACAGCAGAGGUUCUUGGAAGAGGAAGAGAAAGCCAAGAACAUGAGCACUGAAGUUUUCCAUCUCACCAAAGAGCUCGAGGUCACGAAGCGUCAUAGUCGGGUAUCACGUCCUAGUUUAAAUGGGAGGAGAAUGGUGAAUGUAGGUGUGACGUCCACUGGAGUGCAGACAGAUCCAACGUCCACUGGGACAGCGGAGGAGGAUACGGCAGCAGUCUUCAUCCACAAAUCUGUUCAGGAGGAGAAUCACAUCAUGAACAACAUCAGACAAAAAUGCCUGAAAAAGCCAACGGAAAGGACACCUGAACGGUGCCCUUCAUCAAGCAGUGACCUAGGUAUGAAGAAAUCCUGGAUUCCCUGGAUGAGGAAGAAGGACAACAUCCACCAUGAGACCAACCUGGAAAAGCCACUGCACAUGAACGGAGAUCAUAUAUCUUCUGAACUGACCACGCCCCCCAAACAAGGCCAGCCGUUGCACAUACGAGUAACACCAGACCACCAGCACAGCAUGACCACUGUGGAGAUCACUAGCUCCAAGGCUGGUGAUGUGUUUUCAGCACCCCUUAGCCCCAACCCAUGUCAUCACAAACCCAAGAUCACAAUCAUUCCCACUCACUCUGCUGCAACACCCAGAGUUAGGACCACCACUGGACCUCAGGGUGCUGAAAGAACCAAGUCCCCAGUUACUAUCACAACCAUAUCCAGAGCAAAGUCUCCAGAGAGCAGACGUGUGUGUUCGCCCACAUCAGGAAGGCCUCUGUCUCCUCUUCCUAUGAUGACGGUCAGUACGGCCACAGUACCACAGGCUUCUGCUUCUCCAGAGCCCCAGGAGAUGACCGUGGGCCGUGCUGUCUUCAAGGUCACGCCAGAGAAGCAAAUGGUCCCGAUCCCCAUGCGGAGGUCCCACAACAACACCAGCAUCAUCUCCACCCCUGAUGAUAGCAAGAUCCACAUACAGCUAGCAAACACCAUCCAGCCAAAAACGGUCACCAGACCGGUGGCUUCUCUAGCAGACAGCAAGGAAAUGACCUUAUCGACCGGUACGGUUCUGCGUUCGCCACGCCAAAUCACCACCGCUGCUACCAGGAGCACAGCGAGUAAAGUGACCAGCAGCAUUACCAUCACCACCGUUACCUCGACCGCGCCCAAAGCCACGCACGGCACCAUGGGGCAUGACGCUCAGUCACCUCGAACAGGGCCGACUCGCAUUCCAAUGUCCAAGAACCUGAAGACAGGGAAGGCAGCGUUGGGGUCACUGGGGUCGUCAAGUGGAGUGAAGCUGGAGGUGCGAGCUGAGAGUCCGUCUGUGAGGCUCGACGUUAAAAAACCUGCUGUAAACAGUUUUCAAGCCGACGGAAAAAGCUGACUGAUGUCUCGCUGAACUCCUUCAGAUUUACGUUUGGUGCUGCAGACGACAACCAGAGUUUAGCAGCUGUAAUGUUUCAGAAAAUACAUGCAAGACAAGACAGUUUUACUGUGAGAAAUAAUAAAUAUGUUUCUUCCCUAAUUAUUUUGUAUUUGUCUUGUAUCCAUUUCUGUCAUUAGAGGGAAACUUUAUUUUAUUUUUUGUAUUUGCAGUGUGUAUCUGGUCUGAGCUGGUUCAAUGUUCUGUUAGAUAAUGGUGAUGGAUUUUUUUUAAAUAUUGUGUGGUUUGAUAUAUAUAUAUUUUUUGGAAGAAGUGUGAGACAUUAAAAAUUCUGUUUUCUAAGUGAUUCUCUAAAUGAUUUGUACUGA